AUGCACAACAGGACAGAGAACUUUGGAGCUCCUCUGAUCUCCUUUGACCAGCCUCAGAGAACUUUCUUCAACAAGAGCACCACCUACCUGGCUAAGAUCGCUGUUAUUCUCCAGGAUGCUCCAUGCAAGAUGCUCACUUUUGCUCAGUUGAUGGACAAGAUGGCGCCACUAAUUUGUGAAGACAGACAAUCUGUGGAGAACAACAUCAGAGUCUGUUUAUCAACCAACAAAUGCUUUGUCAAGAUUCCAGUGGUCCCAGGUGCACAAGACAGUAAGAGAAACUACUGGAAACUGGACUACAGUCAGAUCACAGGCAAGAUGGUGCGUCGUCACUUCAAAGGAAUCAUGCAUCUCUUCCCUGAGUUGGCCUCCAAAGUGGAAACAGAGAAGCUGAACAGACAGCCAGAACACCAACCUGCAGCCUGCAGGGCCGUCCAGGUCAGAAGUGAGGUGAAGUUCUCCAGUCCUUUCUCCAUCGAAUCCCUCCUGAAGAGAGACAGUCCCUCUGCUCAGGCCUCCACAGCUUCUCCUCCAUCCAGUGUGACCCUCAGAGCAGAGCAGCAGCAGCUCCGGUCUGCUGGGAUCAAGAGGAGCUUCAGCUGGGACUCUGAGGAGCGUCUCCUCCUUCAACCUCCAUCUGGAAGUUCCUCCAUCUGCUCAGCAGGAGGCAGCACAUACCAUGGAGCCACUGCUGCUGGAGCUGCUGAGUCCAUCAGGAGGAUGUCUGAGUGCAGUGAGGCCUCAUUCCCCGUCUACACCAGAGCCAGAGCUGCUCCUUAUUUCAGCAGCCAGCACAGCAGUUACAUCACUUACUCUGUACCAGCAUUUACCCAUGAUGCUCUCCAGUUCUGGCUGUAA